UGGUGCUCAGAUGAAUAAAAGGUAGUGGCAAAUGGACUUCCUCACUCUGUUUGGUAUAUAUGUGGCUGUAGUGCUCACCUGCAUUGCUCUGGUUUGCAAGUAUUCAGGACAUCAGCAAACUCCUCUCGGUCGACUUUUGGACACAUUCACUGGGGUUGUCUCUCAAUUGAUCCCACAAUGUCUCCAAAAUAUUUGCUACAGGACUAUGCACAGACUGUUCCAUCAGAGGAACAACUUCUUCCUUUACUUGCACCUGUUACUUGAAGUGGUUGUGUAUGGAGAAUUCUCCUAUGAGGUAUUUGGCUUCUGUUUGGACAUGGGCACAAGUUCAAUCAGCCUGUGCAUUCCCUAUGUCCUCCUCGCUCUGAAGUCCUAUCUGUUCUACCUGUGUUGUAGCAGAGACCCUGGCACACUGACAAAGGCAAACCAUACUACACAACUGAAGAUCUACCAGUAUGAUGAAAAACUGUUCCAGCAGGGAGUCAGAUGUUUAACCUGUCAGCUGAUCAAACCUGCCCGAUCUAAACACUGUAGGGUUUGCAAUCGAUGUGUCCAGAGAUUCGACCAUCAUUGUGUGUGGGUGAAUAACUGCAUCGGUGCCCAGAACAUCAGAUACUUCCUGCUGUACCUCCUGAGUGUGUGUGUCAUGGCAGGUGAUAUUGCAGUCCUUACAGCAGACAUGUUGCUCCAAACUGUUUUGCGAACUGGACUCCUGCACGCUCACUACAUUGACGAGCAGGGUGUGCAACAGCGCGCUGGACCGCUCUUUAUCAUCCAGCAUCUCUUUCUGACGUUUCCACGGAUUGUCUUCAUGCUGGGCUUCCUUGUAUUUGUCUUUUUCCUCUUGGCGGGUUAUUCUAUGUUUCACAUGUAUUUGGCUUUGAUAAAUCAAACCGCCAAUGAGUGGUUUAAAGGAAAAGGUCACAACUGCCAGCAUUGCCAUCCGUACAUUGGACACAACUGCCAGACCUCAUACAAUCCUUUUAGAGGUUUCUAUCACAGGGGAAUCCUCAAAAAUUUGGGGGAAAUCUUUUGGCCCAUAUGUCCUGUUCAGAAAUUUAGAAAGAAAGAAAAUUAGUGAAACUGUUGUUGUUAUUUUUAACAGUGUAUUUGUACUAAACUAUUUUAUUUGGGCAAAUGGGAUUUUUAAUAAAUACUUUCUCAGCUUUA